ACAAAGGAGGAAGUGGGAGGAAGUAAAGACACGGAUCAAAGAGAAGAGAAACGAUGUUCCUCACCUAUGAAGAUUCCCUGACUCUUCCUGACGGCGUCGACAGGAUCCGCAGCCUCGUGAACGCUGAGCAGAUCAUAACCUGCAGAAACAACAAGACAACACUUCAUAACACAGUCCAGAAGAACAAUGAAGAAGUCCAGCGCCUGUUCGUGUCACCGGAGUAACAGCGGUGGGCGGGGCUAAACCACAUCUGGAUGAAAAACAUCUGGAGCGACUCUGCGCCGGGGACUCACCGACGGACGAAGGACCGAGCGCCGGGACUCUCCGGCUGUCUUUGUCCGAGGAACAUGGCUCGGUGCCGGACGUUGUGGACCGGGAUCCUCGUCCUCAUGACCGCCGGUCUUCCCGUCCAGGUCCAGUCCUUCAGCCACCUGAGCUUCAACCUGUGUAAGUGGUGUGAGGUUUCCAGUCCGGUGUGCAGAGACAGCAUCUGCUUUAGUAACUGCACCUUGUCGUCCUUCUGCACGAACAUCGAGGAGAUCUGCGUCGCCGUCUGGAGGAAGACCAAUGACACAAUGACAGUGCACACCAUGUGUCACCAGCCCGCUCUGCCACUAGAGGGCGUCGACCCCGGCCUGCUGCUGAACUUCACCUCCAGAGAGUGUCACAUGGUCCCACAGCCGGCAGACGAUGGAGUCAUGAUGGUCUGUGGUUGCCACGGAGAACACGAAUGUAACGACAAACUCCUCUUCAAUAAGAGAGCCAACGGUCUUCCCGUCCAGGUCCAGUCCUUCAGCCACCUGAGCUUCAACCUGUGUAAGUGGUGUGAGGUUUCCAGUCCGGUGUGCAGAGACAGCAUCUGCUUUAGUAACUGCACCUUGUCGUCCUUCUGCACGAACAUCGAGGAGAUCUGCGUCGCCGUCUGGAGGAAGACCAAUGACACAAUGACAGUGCACACCAUGUGUCACCAGCCCGCUCUGCCACUAGAGGGCGUCGACCCCGGCCUGCUGCUGAACUUCACCUCCAGAGAGUGUCACAUGGUCCCACAGCCGGCAGACGAUGGAGUCAUGAUGGUCUGUGGUUGCCACGGAGAACACGAAUGUAACGACAAACUCCUCUUCAAUAAGAGAGCCAAUGGUUUCUUCAAGCUGCAGAGUAAAGACGUGAUCCCAGUGGUGGUGGUUAGUCUGGUUCCUCCCGUCCUCGUGGCCAUAGUCGCCACUGCUGCCUUCUACUUCUACCGCACACACCGCCCUGACAAACCUGGAUCUCCUGCACCCCCUGACUGGACUACCAAACGAACCCCAGAGCUCUAUCAGGCUUUGGACCUGUCGUGCCGAGGGGUUCGGGUGGAGGGUGGAGGAGGUGUGAUGGGUCCUGGGUCUGAAAAGGAGGAGUCCAACGCUAAAGGGCCACCUCUUGACAGUGACAUCAUCAGUGACAUCACAGAUUGGCAAGGCCAACUGACUGGUAUGCUUCCCAUCAAAUUGGACGUCCUGGUAGGGAAGGGGCGCUUUGCAGAAGUGUGGAGGGCACGCCUGCUGCAGGGUGAGAGGGGUGGGGUCAACAGUUAUGAAACUGUGGCGGUGAAGGUGUUCCCAGCUGUGGAGUACGCCUCGUGGAGAAACGAGUGCUCCAUCUUCUCAGACCCCAAACUGGAGCAUGACAACGUGGUUGGAUUCCUGGCCGCUGAAGAGAGGGGUCCGCCCGGUCACGCCCUCAGAAAGUACUGGCUGGUUUUGGCCUAUCACAGCCUCGGGAACCUGCAGGACUUCCUCACAGCUAACACACUAAACUGGGAGGAACUUGUCGCCAUGGCGGGGAGCAUUGCUAAAGGGUUAGCUCAUCUCCACAGUGACACAACACCCAGUGGGGUUCCAAAGGUACCAGUUGCCCAUCGGGACCUGAAGAGCAGCAACAUUGUGGUGAAGAGCAGGAAGGAGUCCGCUCUGUGUGACUUUGGUCUGGCUUUGAGAUUGGACCUCUCCCUCACCGUGGACGACUACGCCAACAGUGGACAGGUGGGGACAGCUCGCUAUAUGGCUCCUGAGGUGCUUGAGUCCAGGGUGAACCUGGAGGACCUUGAGGCCUUUAAACAGAUGGAUGUUUACUCCAUGGCUCUGGUCCUCUGGGAGAUGGCCUCCCGCUGCCAUGCCAUCGGAAAGGUGGAGGGCUACGAACCGGCGUUCGGAUCCAAGGUUUGUGAGCAGCCCUGUGUGGACAGCAUGAGGGACCUGGUGCUGAGGGAUCGAGGACGACCUGACAUCCCGUCUGCCUGGAUUGAGCACCAGGGGAUGAAUGUCUUCUGCUCCACCAUCACUGAGUGUUGGGAUCACGACCCUGAGGCCAGACUGACGGCUCACUGUGUGGUGGAGCGCUUCACUGCCCUGCAGCAGGAGGAAGAGGAGGAGGAGGAGGAGGAGGGACUGAGAGCAGACGCUGUCAGAGAAGAGGAUGAAGAAAGACAAAAGAACCCAGACAGUGACCAGAUCCUCUCGUUCUCCCCGUCCUCCCUGCAGCUUCCUCCGCCAGAGACAGACGACCCAGAGGUUUCCCAUGAUUCCCUGGUUCACCCGGGUUCUGGGGUGUGAAGGAAUCCGGCCUCGCCUGUAACCUGCUGGCAGAGACAGAGACUAUGUUGUUGUAUGAAAAUGUGUCCGUUUGUUGGAGCUGGUCUCCAUUUUGUCAUGAUGUGUUUCUCAAACAGUGACUGUGAUUAUCGUCACUGUGAACUAUUGUCUGUGUUUCCUGCACAGCCAAGGAUUCAAUUACCUCCACGAGGAGGGGCUGUUUUCACCUAUAUCUGCCUGCCUGUCUGUCUCUCUGUCUGUCAGUCAGUCAGUCAGUCAGUCAGUCAGUCAGUCAGUCAGUCAGUCAGUCUGUCUGUCUGUCUGUCUGCCUGGAGGCAGGAUGAAAAGCUCCUGAACAGAUUUCCAGGAAACUUGGUGGAAGGAUGAAACUUGGAUCAAGAAAGAAUCCAGUAAUGUUGGUGUGGAGGAAUCAGCUCGACUGACUGAUGAUGUCAUGGAUCAUCCGUCCACCAAGUCGUUGUGGAAAUCCGUUGAAUAGUUUUUUGUGUAAUCCUGCUGACAAACAAAUGGAAACACAAGGUUCUGAAAAAUCGUAACCACCCGGUGGCAGCGUUAAUUAUUAAUUACACAGAAUUAUUUCCAAUGUUCUUGUUUCGUGAUAUAGAAAUGGAAAAGUCUAAUUUGUACAUAAUGAAUACAAACAACUCUAUAGGAGAGUAUGGACUUUAGGACGGAAAACGCACAUUUUCCAAACUAUGUUUGAUUUGUAAUAAAGAUGGAAGUUUGUCUUCUC